AUGUCUAAACCCAAAGGCGCCACUGCCUCCUCCGCGCCUUCACCGCUGGAAAGAAGUGGAAGGCAGUUCAACAAUGAGCGUUUUAAGGACAGAGAUGACUUCUGGUUGGAUAGGGAAGCAUUCUCGGUAUUUGCACGGCAGCUAGACACCUCCCCGGUCCGCAGCGGCUUCGCUCUGCUCCUGCUGAGCCCAUGCCAGUCCCCUGCGGUGGAGAGCAAUGGUAACCCCACUAUGGGUACCCGAGGGUUCCACGGGACUCCCUAUUCUGGCAGCACCACUGGACAGCAGUGGCUGCGCCGAUAUUGCGAGGUGAAGGGCAACGUCUUCUUCUAUGCGCCGCACGCAGAAGCAGCCUUUGAGGGGGCGUAUUUGCUUGAGGACUUUGUCUUUCAGAGCCUUUCUCCCACUCGAGCUCUUGCUAUGGGGCUAGUGCCAGAGUUGCCUCUCACGGAAGGAGACGGGGACCGGGUGAAGCAAGGGGCUGUCCUGGUGGGAAGCAGCCGUCACGACGGGGUGUAUGGACGGUAUGUGAGGCCUCUUGUGAUGCUACUGGAGUCCUCGCGCGUCGCUGCUAGAUGGAAAGAAACCUGCGAAAGUUGCAGCGCAGCCGCCCUGCAGCAGCAUGUACGUGAGCUGCAGCAGCUGCUGCAGCGGGAACGAGCUGCUGCUUCGAGGGAGAAAGAGGCCACAGCGCUGAUAGCCAAGCAGCAAGAGAUUGCCCUAAGGGAGACAGAAGGUUCAAAACAAACACUUCUGCUGGAGAUAGAGCGUCUGCAACAACGCAACCAGCGUCUUCAGGCCACUGGAGAGGUGACUGAGAAGGCGGCAGCAGAAUUUGUAGAUCAGAAGAUGCACGAAGUGUCCUUCCUUCAGAAUGAACUUGCCUCGCAGCUGGCGGGUUGCAAGCGCCUUGAGGCGGAGGUUGUGGAGCUGCGUGAGGCGUUGGGGGCUUCGCAGCAGAAGGCACAGCAGCUGGCGACGGAGAAUAGCCGCCUCAACUGCCGCGUAUCGGACCUACUGGAGGAUUUGGAAGACGCGAAAGAUAACCCAUCUCGCUUCGCUCUUGUGAUGAAUCGCCUGCGAACCGCCAAUCAAAGGGCUCUGGUACGUCUGUCCAUUGCCUACAGGGAGGAGAACAUAUCCUUGACGCAAAACUUCCAUCAACUGGAGGACAAAUUCAAAGAAAAGGUGGCGUUGAUUCGCCAAGUGGCGGAGAUGGGAGAUGCCUUCGACUUGUUGAGGAAGUGGUUAACGUGCAGCGAGCUUAAAAUACGCUUCUACGAACAAGGUUACAAAUGGUCUUCCCAGCAGGAACAGGAAGAGCGCGAAAAAAUCGAGGAACUUCAGAGAGCCAUUAGGGUCGCGGAGGCUGCAGCGCGGUCGAGUUACAUAUCCCACAGGGCUUUUCUGUUGGGCCAACAGCUGAAGGCCUGCACCGUCAAUCCUUCGCAGAAGGAAGUAUAUGCGUUCCUUAAAUGCGUAGGCAUACCAAGAAAAGGAAACGAAAUUGUUGGGAGGAGGAAGCGGGAGGGGGCCUCGAGUCGGGCCAGCAGCUUUCCGAGGGCGUUGACUGUUUCUUUGCAUGUUUGCAAGCUGGAUCGCUUCGGCUGGUUGUUUGGGGAGGCUGAGCCCAGCCAGCUCAAAGAGGAGGAGGGAGAAGGACUGUGUUUUGGGUGGCACGCUGGGGGGGACGGCGCCGGGGACGCUGGCCGAGGGGAGGCGAUUUACCCGUUUGGAGGGCUGGAGGGUGGCCCCCAGCUGAACUUGGUGGCGGACGUUUGCGUUCUGCGAGCUGUGGAGAAGCUCGUUCCCGCUGGGGAGUACCUCAAGCUCAAGAAUUUGCAUGCUUUGCUGCAGCUAGACUUCUCCGAACUCAAGGAACUCCACCAACAGACAGUUGACAAACUCGUAGAGUGCCGCACCCGUUUGCGAGACCUGAAGAUGCAAUGCGCCCUUAACCAAGCGUCAGCGGAUUGGGGUCUUUUUCACCUGAACUCGCCGGGGGCCAUACCAGAAGGAACAGAAGAAGCGAAUGAGAGGAAAGGUGCAUCUUAA